UUCUCUCACACAGAGUGUGCACUGACACCUGAUCUGAGGUCACUUUAAAGGACAAGGAGAAAACAUAUGAUUCAAGAAAGAACAAUUGUAGAAGUUUAUAUAGAAGAGGUUUGAGUGGACUAUAUGAGCUCUGUAUUGUUUUCUCUGAGAAAAAAGGACAACAUGCGAGCCUUCCUCCUCCUCUUCCUCAGCGAGAUCUUGCUACUGAGACUGACCUCCGCAACCACCAUGAAAGUGCAAAGACAAAACAUGAGGGUGCGUAUCAGCGCUGUUGGAGACACCAUUGUAUUGAAGUUCAUCCGGCCCCAUGUGGACACCAGACUGGAGGGAUAUAUCCUGGGCUACGGCAGCAGCAUGUUCUCCAAGCAAUUUAUCCAGCUACCCGAGGAUGGGCAACCCUAUGAGACUGAGAUAGAUGCUGAGCCCAAAUAUCUGAUUGCGGUACAGUCGAAGAUUCCUGAGGAACCUAAGAAAAAGUGUGCAGGAAAAGUGGAUCUAGACAAACCAUUGAACGUUGUGAUUGGCUCGGUAACAGAGUCCUCAGUGCUGCUGUCCUGGGGGACACUACUGACCAGCCCCUUCAUGGAUACCGUUCUAGAAGACUGUUUUGAUGAAGGACAGUUCACAGUGCGCUACAGAGAGAAGGAACCCAGCAAUACCUGGAACUACCAGACCUGUCCAUCCACCAGCACAGUCAUCGACAACCUCAAACCAGAUGCUCUGUAUGAGUUUGUGGUCCGAGCAGACACCGACACAAACAGUGGAGUCUGGAGUGCACCGGUCAUCCAUAACACAGCUGAUCAAAUAAUAGAACCAUUUAAGGAACUGAACCAGGCGAAGCCUAAGAAGCCAGUCUUAGCAAGCCAGCAAUCAUUCUUGCCACCAGUGCCAGUUUUAAACAACAGUAACCAGACCAGAGUAGCCCCUCUAUUCAAAUACCCUAGCCUUCCAAAGCCAAGCAAAACAUCAGUUUCAUCAACAGGGGGAGAAAAUACCACAACAGUUCCUGACAAUCCACCUACCUCAACCAAGGCCCUUCCUUCCUCUCACACAUCUAUCAUUCUGCCCACACUAACGACCACAAGCACAGUUCGACCUCGAAACCCCACCAGUCAUCCCAGUACAACCCAAGCAGAUCUUCACAGAGAGCAACAUACUAGCAUAACCCCACAACAACCUACAACAUCUCAGCCACAACCUUCCAGAACCCAACAACAAACCAGCUCAACCCAACAACCAUCCACUACAAUCCAACAAUAUACCAGCAAAAUGCAAAUCUCAGUCAAAGAUCAACCAAUUACAGCCAAACAGCUGCUGAAUACAGCCCCACAACAGUUUAGUGAAACAUCUUUCCCUAAUCCACCUUCAACCAAACCACCAAUCCAACAAACCCAACAACGCACCACAAGCACUGUCCAGGAACAUCCUCACCCAUCUAAGAAACAAGACCAUACAAGAAAAAUUCAACCCAGCACCAGGCUGCAUCGACUGAGCACAACCCAGCGUUCACGAGGCACGUCCAAACACCCAACCACUCACACUUAUUUUCCAGAAACCACUUCUCACUACCAGUCCAGCACAAUUGCACAUUCUGAACAGCCAAACACCAAACCACCACCAACAACACAGGAUUGGUCCACAAAUAGCCAUUCACCGACAAACACAGCUUUGACUUCACCCACUACUUUAGCAAAUAUUGUCUUAGUAACAGAACAGCAAACAGAUGUCUUAGUAUCACAGCUGAAAACCGAUGUUAGCAAACAUCCAGUAUUUAGCACUAAUCCAUCCAUCCUUGAAGAAUAUUCUACAUCCCAUAUUCCCACAACUAAAAAUCCAUUUCUUACUGAGAACAUACAGGAACUGACACCACAUCCAAUAUAUCUACCCAUAACCUUUUGGUACCAGUCCAGACCCAGCACCACAACAAAGCAUUCCAGCACCACUAAACGGCAAGCUAGCACUGCUAAAUACAAUCCAAAAACAGACUCCCAAGUUGAAAAUCGACAACCUGCCCCUGAAGAAUGGUUGCCAGGUACCCCAAAAACCCUACUAAACCUCACACCUGAAACAGCUUUCACCAAAUCCGAUGCCAUUCAAAACUCACCUGUGGCGGAGAGGUUAACAGUGGGGACGAGUCAUCCGAGUCAACCAGCGGGUAACUUCUCCCCUAGACAUACAAUCAUGACAGUGCCCCAUGGUGAUAAACAUCAAGGACGUUUGGGGUCCAAAUUUCCAAAGGGAACCAGAGAGCAACUUGCGAAUACAAAGCUGAACCAGGUCUCAGAGACUAAAGAAAAGGAAAACAUUAUUGAUCUGAAGCAGAUGGACCCAGUACCAGAUUUAAAACCUCUAGCUCCACCCACUACUGAAAGACCAGCCAAACAACGGCCAUCAUCGACAACAACACCACAUUCUGUUUUUGAGGGGAGUCGUUUUGACACCAGUGACAACUCCUCUGUAUUCAGUUCUCAUCCCCUCUCUGAGGUGGAUGCCACGGGGAAGAAACGUUUCAUAGCGCCUCACGUGAUCUAUAGAACUGACAAACGUCCGGAGGAGCCAUGCUCUGUCACUCACUCUCUCAACUUCUUUCCUGAUGAGGAGAUUGGAUACUUGAAUGUCACUGGCCCACCCAAGACCCCUCCAUCCAACCUUACUGUGGUCACAGUGGAAGGAUGCCCCUCCUUCAUCAUCCUUGACUGGGACAAAACAGACAAUGAGACCACAGAAUAUGAGGUAGUUUCCUCCACCAAGGGUCCGCAUGGAGAGGAGGUGUCUGUCCAGACAACAAAUCAAACACAUACAGCUGUGGAGAACCUGAAACCAGAGAGCAGUUAUAAGUUCAAAGUUACACCCAAGAAUGAGCUGGGUUCUGGCCCAGCCAGUGAACCGGUCACCUUCAGUACUGAGUCAGCUGAUCCUCGUGUGAGUGAGAUCCAAACCGGUAAAAAUGCCAUCUGGUCAUCGUUUCCAUUCAAGUCUGACUCGUACUCCGAGUGCAAUGGGCAGCAGUUCAUAAAGCGGACCUGGUACCGCAAGUUUGUGGGUAUCCAGUUGUGCAACUCUCUUAGAUACAAGAUCUAUCUGAGCGACUCUCUCAAAGGGAAGUUCUACAGCAUAGGAGAUCAGACUGGGUAUGGAGAGGAUCACUGCCAAUUUGUUGACUCGUUCCUGGACGGACGAACCAGUGGUCUUCUUCCACCAGAUCAGUUACCACCCAGAAAAGGCUUUUACCGGGCCAUGCGUCAAGAGCCUGUCAAGUUUGGGGACAUCGGAGGAAAUUCCAUGAUCAACUACGUGGCCUGGUAUGAGUGUGGGAUACCCAUUCCUGGGAAGUGGUAGGACCCCGAGGAGCAGAUGGAAGACGUGACGGAUAAGAAACAUCCGCUGCCUUUUUAUGGGAUGUUUGUGUAGAGAGAAUGAUUUCUUGAAAGCAUGUAUCUGUAUUUUCAGGUAUCGGGCACAUAUAGAAUUAUUUAUAUACUGAAGUAGUGCAGCAAACAUACAGAGAGCUGAAUGAAUGUUCUUGUUGAGAUUAAGAAGUUUAACUUUAGAGAAUAUAGGGAAGCAGGCUCCCUUAAAGGCAAAAUGAAUGUGUAUAUUAUUUAUCAAAACGUUAAAUAUGCCACUGAAACUAAAAUGACCACGG